CCCAACAAAUCCACCAACAUUCUCGAUCCUCUCUUCUCUCUCACACUCACACAAAAAAUAUUACGCUAAACUCACUCAGCCAUAUGAGGAGCUUCUUCUUCCUUCUCUUUAUCCUCUUCUCACCCUUCUCUGUUGGCUUUGCCGGCGCCUUCAGCAUCUCCGGUGGUCAUGUGGCUCGGGAUCAAAACCCGUUCACCCCUAAGGCAUUCUUGAAUCGGUAUUGGGAUAAGGAGAUCCGGAAUGGUUUGCCUAAGCCUGAGUUCUUGCUCUCCAAGGCGUCCCCAUUGACUGCUGUGGACUCGGCGGCGUUUGCUAAACUCGCCGCCGGCAACGCUCUUUCCACGCGCCUCCCGGAAUUUUGCUCUGCGGCUAACCUACUCUGUUUUCCCGAUUUGGGUCAAAGUCUGGAGAAGCACUCCAAGGAUGUGAACUUUGCUGUGUACCAGGACAAGAACUUCACCAACUAUGGGACGGAUCGGCUCGGUGGGACGGACUCUUUUAAUAAAUAUUCCGAAGGGCAGAACAUUCCGGUGAACGAUUUCCGGCGAUAUAGCCGUGACUCCACCGGCCACAAGGACAAUUUCCAAAGCUACGCUAAUGAUGGCAACGUGGUGGACCAGAGCUUCCACACCUACGGCACCGCAGCAACAGGCGGCGUCGGCGAUUUCAAGAAGUAUGCCGAUUCCACCAAUGUUCCCAAUCUUCAGUUCACCUCCUACUCUGAUGAUGCCAACGGGAGAGAGCAAUCGUUCACUAGCUACUCCGAGAACGGAAAUGCCGGGGACCAAUCUUUCUCCAACUAUGGAAAACACGGGAAUGGGGCUGUAAGCGAUUUCUCAAGCUACGGCACCAACUCGAACGUGGCCGGAUCGGGGUUCUCAAAUUACGGCGAGACUGCAAAUGCCGGGAAUGAGACAUUCAAGAAUUACGGUGUGAAUAUGAACAACCCUACCAAUAACUUCAAGAACUACGCCGCCGGCGGCAAUGGAGCCACUGACAGUUUCUCUAAUUACAGAGACCAAGCCAAUGUGGGAGCCGAUUCAUUCCAAUCAUAUGCUAAAGGUGCAAACGCAGCAGAAGUCGAUUUCUCGAACUACGGCAAAUCCUUCAACGAAGGGACAGACAAAUUCACCGGCUACGGAAAAGACGGUAAUGAGCAUAAAAUUGGCUUCAAAGGCUAUGGAGUGAACAAUACCUUCAAGGACUACUCGAAAGACGGAGUCACAUUCACAGGCUACACCAAUGUGAGCACCCGUCUCAGUGCUUCCAUGGUGAAAUCUGGUUCAGCCAUCAAUGCCAAUUUGGUAAAAAGGUGGGUAGAGCCAGGUAAAUUCUUCCGCGAAUCGAUGCUGAAGCAAGGGACGGUGAUGCCUUUCCCAGAUAUCAGAGAUAAAAUGCCCAAGAGGUCAUUCUUGCCCCGAUCUAUCCUCUCCAGAUUACCAUUCUCCACCUCGAAAAUCUCCGAGCUGAAGCAGAUUUUCAAAGUCUCUGAUAAUUCCUCCAUGGACAAGAUGCUAUCGAGCUCCCUCAGCGACUGCGAGAGAGCCCCGAGCCCCGGCGAGACCAAGCGCUGCGUCGGCUCCGUCGAGGACAUGAUCGACUUCGCGACCUCGGUGCUGGGACGCAACGUCGUCGUUCGAAACACCCAGAACGUGAACGGGUCGAAGAAGAACGUGGUCGUGGGUCGGGUCACAAAGAUAAACGGUGGCCGGGUCACCCAGUCCGUAUCAUGCCACCAGAGCCUCUUCCCUUACCUGCUCUACUACUGCCACUCCGUCCCCAAGGUUCGGGUCUACGAAGCGGACCUCCUGGAGCCGAAAAGCAAGGCCAAGAUCAACCACGGUGUUGCCAUCUGUCACCUGGACACCACCGCGUGGAGCCCCACACACGGCGCAUUCCUCUCACUCGGUUCGGGUCCGGGCCGGAUCGAAGUCUGCCACUGGAUCUUCGAGAAUGACAUGACCUGGACCAUUGCCGAUUAGAGUCCCGAGUUCGGGCUGGUCGGUCGGUUCGUUACUUCCCUCGUGCCUUGGGCUAAGAAACUUGGCAAAAGGCAAGGCUCUGAAAUUUAAUUUUAAAUCCCAAAUAUUUUAAGUAAUUUUCAUUUUUAAUUAUUACUAUUAUUAUUAGAUUUCCAUAGAAAAGUAAGAAGUGAAGUCAGGGGGUAAUAUUUUACACUACUAUUAUAUAUUUUCAUCAUAUAAUCGCUCAGAUGAUGAUCAUGCAUGAGCUUGGCUUUCUCUGUAAAAGUGUCAUCUUUUUUUUUUUUUUCCUUUCUACUUUUGUCUAAUGGGUUCCCUAAUAAUUGGAAUAAUGGGUUCGAAUUUGAUCA